AUGGCAAGUAUUGCAGUGAAAGUGGUGGUGGAAAAGUUGGCAUCGCUCCUAGCACAAGAAGCUCAAUUCCUCGGCGGAGUCAGGAGGGGAGUUAGCGAGUUACGUGAUGAUUUGGAAAGCAUGAGAUCUUUCUUGCACGAUGCCGAAUCAAGAAUUGAAACGGAAAAAGGCGUCGAAACUACGAUCAUACCCCCCAUCUCUCUCUCAGUUGAUCGUCGAUUCGACCCCUCCUCUCUCUCUCACUCACCAGUCACCGUCAACCCCCUGGCUGCGGCGGGGGCGCCGAUCCUCUGCGGACGCGGGGACAAGAGGACGAAGAAAGGGAAGAGGUUCAAGGAAUCGCACGGAAACUCGAGGCUGAAGAAGGAGAAGAUGAUCGAGCGGAUUAAAGACAAGGUCGAUGUGCCCAGGUCCACCCCUUGGCCCUUCCCUUUUAAGCUCAUUUGAUGCUACUUGCUUUUCAUAGGAAACGUAGUAAUGCACUGAUGUGUUUGAAAACCUGGGGUUAGGAUUUAGGGGAUUCGAUUGCGAUUGGAAUAUGCAGAUUUUUAUAUGAAUGUGUAAUGGGUUUUGUGUGAUUGUGGUU